GCGUUAAAGAAGAGCUCAAAAUCGACUACGUUCAUGUUGGUAACCGCCUGCGAGUCGGGCGCAGUGUUUUUACUCAACUCUGAACUAACUGGAAUAGUCGCUGAAGUAAAAUAUGGAAAUGCUCAACUUGAUUUGAAGUGUCGUCGUAUCAAGAUCGAUUUGCCCGAAGGGGCUGUGCCGGCGUUCAUGACUGUGAGUGGUGACUUUGAUGUCGAAUACCGAAUCAUCAUCGCCACUCGGACGGGGAGAAUAUAUUCUAUUAAAAACGGACAA